UUUAACCCCGUUAUGACUCCACGGUUCUUGGCGAUGCGUACGAUGGCUUGCAGCCGUACGAAAAGCCUAGAUUUCGGGCGAACGGGAAGCCCAUUUAUUUCAACCUUUUGACUUAUGAGAGCAAACAAUUCAGGAGAGCUGCCAAUUAUGGAUGGCAUUGGCAAUUCCGCUUCCCGCGAAAAUCCACUCCCAGGAUUAGUCAAUGUCAACCUCAAGGAGGAGAAAUGGGGAGUAUCGGCGUCCCAUGUUGUUUACCACUUUGGUACAAGCGGAACUUCUGUUGCGGCCGCCACUGCCUUCACUCACCCUUUAGAUGUUCUCAAAGUUAGGUUGCAAAUGCAACUUGUUGGGCAAAGGGGUCCCUUAACUGGAAUGGGAGGCCUUUUUGUUCAACUUGUGAAAAGUGAAGGGCCUAGAUCAUUGUACUUGGGGUUAACACCUGCAUUUAUGAGGUCAGUUCUUUAUGGAGGUCUUCGAUUAGGCUUGUAUGAACCAUCGAAGUAUGUCUGUGGAAUGGCUUUUGAGUCCUCCAAUGUUUUGGUUAAGCUUGCGUCUGGAGCAUUCUCUGGUGCCAUUGCAACCGCUCUGACCAACCCUGUGGAAGUUCUGAAGGUACGUUUGCAAAUGAAUCCAAAUUCAAGAAGAGGAGUAAUAGGAGAAGCACGCAAAAUUGCUUCAGAAGAGGGUAUAAUUGGUCUAUGGAAGGGGGUUGGCCCUGCCAUGGCCAGGGCUGCUGCUUUGACUGCAUCACAAUUGGCAACUUACGAUGAAUCCAAGCGGGCUUUGAUAAGGUGGACACCUCUUGAAGAAGGGUUUUAUCUGCAUCUAAGCUCGAGUACAGUAGCAGGCUUGGUGAGUACACUCAUUACCGCACCCGUGGACAUGAUUAAAACCCGCCUCAUGUUGCAACGAGAAUCUAAAACUGUUGGAACCUACAAAAAUGGAUUUCAUUGCGCCUAUCAGGUUGUCCGUACAGAAGGUCUGCGAGGGCUUUACAAAGGGGGCUUUGCGAUGUUUGCUAGAUUGAGUCCACAGACUAUGAUCACAUUCAUACUCUGUGAGAAGCUACGGGAGGUUGCUGGAUUGAAGGCACUUUAGUUCGCGGGACUGCCUGUUUGUAAUUUUACUGGCAUUUCAGAGGCAAAGCGUUCAGUUGUUUUCCUCGUGCAGAAAUGUUGUGAAAGUGGCUGGUAGACCAGUUUGAAAGAACUGUCUUUUCAGCAUAAGUAUUUUUCCCAGAUUCAAUGAUUUUUGCGUACUGUUCCAAUGUUCGGAACUAUAAAUUGAUUCCAGCCGAGUCGCCCGUCGCAAAAAGGCUUUUUCAAAUGUUGUAACAACGUAUUAUUUUUGCCACCCCUGGAGGGUUUCUGGUUACCCAUAGAAAAAGAGAUGUAUAUUUCCUACAAGUCGAUUGUUCUGAGAUCUGUUGUACUGUUCUCAUGAUUGUAACCACAAUAAUAAUAGAUUAAUGUGUGCAUUUUUCCCCU